AUGAGUCAAUUAAGACACCGCAAGGGACGUGAGCCGUUUACGGAGGGUCAUGUGGAUGUUGUCUCCAGCACGAAGACCCGGAAAAUGCAUGUGCACAAUAGCCGUACAUGGCUAUUGCUAUUGGUGGUGUUAUCCAUACGAUUAUUCAAUGCCUUCACCACCAAGACGUUCUUCCAAGCAGACGAAUACUAUCAACUGUUAGAGGUUGCACAUUCGAGAGUCUUUGGGUAUGGCUACAUCACUUGGGAAUGGAAGGAGAAACUACGGUCUUCCUUACACCCUAUGGUAUAUGUUAUUGUGUACACUGUAGCAUCUGCAUUUCGUAAUCAGUCACAAUGGAUCAUCUUUAAUGGACCCAAGAUCAUCAAUGCUAUCAUUGCCACUAUUGGAGAUUUCUAUACUUACAGAUAUGCACAGACAUAUUUGGGCAACGAAACAAUGGCUUUAGAGACUUUGGGAAUGUCGAUCAUUAGUGGCUUCAACUGGCAUAUGAUAACCAGAUCGUUCUCCAAUACAUUGGAGAUGGUCUUGACUGCCGUAGCUUUGAGUCUUUGGUCUUGGGGGGGGCAAUUAACCUCAAAGCACUUAAUCGCAUGCGCUUUUGGCAUGGUAACUUGCAUUCUCAGACCAACAAACGGUUUGCUUUGGUUAUACCUUGGAGGUUUGUACCUUCUCAAACAAAGAAAUAAACCAAUAGUAUUUAUUAUCAAGAUUAUUGCUUUUAUCUUUGCUGAGCUAUUCUUAGUCCUCGCUCUUAGUGGUGGUUUGGACUAUUGGUUCUAUGGUGAGUUAACUUUCCCGCUUUACAACUUUAUUGAGUUCAAUGUGGUUAAGAACUUAUCUAUAUUCUACGGAUCAGCUCCUUGGCACUUUUAUAUAUUCCAAGGAUUGCCUAUAUUGACUCUCGGUUUCCUUCCUCUUCUACUUGUUUCCUUCUAUUACAACUAUGCCGACCCUCUUAGUCAUGUUGUUGCAUUCGUGAUAGGAAUGUUUCUGUGCGUUGCACACAAAGAAUUCCGGUUCAUUUAUGCGUUGCAGCCAAUAUUACUAGUGCUAGCAUGCAAAGCGUAUCAUCAAGUUGCUGGUGGUAGAUGUCGCAAGAUCUUGCUUAUAACUGCUGUGGUUGGUAAUGUGGUCCCAGCCUACUUCUUUUCACAGAUCAAUGAACGUGGCGUUAUUGAUAUCAUGAGCUACUUGCGAGAAGAAGUACCUGAGAAUGCAAUUGUUGGGUUUCUAACUCCUUGUCAUUCUACACCUUGGCAGAGCCAUCUACACUUAGAGCGCAUGGAAAACCAAACUUGGUUUCUCACUUGUGAGCCACCUUUGCAUCUCCAACACGGUACAUUAGAGCUGGUUCGUAAUUACAGAGAUAUUUCGGAUCAAUUUUAUGAUGAUCCAGUUAACUUCCUUCAUGGAAGAAUCAGUGAGAAGGGGAAAACACCCAAUAAAGAUGAGCGUGAUAAUCUCGUAUGGCCACAUCAAUUGAUUGCAUUUGAAGCGUUGGACUCAUUAUUGAAGAAAGAACUUAUGAAUCCAAUCAUAAGCGGAUCAACACAACACGAGCCGCAAUAUCACGAAUGUCGCCGCUUUUUCAACUCCUACUUGCACUGGGAUCCUCGGCGCCGGGGUGAUUUAAUAGUCUAUUGCAGGGACGAUCAGCGAGAAAGCGAAUACGACAUUUAG